AUGUCUACCGACACAACAAAACUCCCUGGCGACGAAAUACCGACCUCUGAGCUAGGGGACUCACAUCGCCAUGGCUCCAACAACGCCCUCCUCUACGGCCUCGAAGGCUUGACUCUCUACGAAAAGAAAUGCGUCCUGAUCAACCGCGAGAUCGACAACCAGGGCAUGGGCAAAUACCAGUGGUACAUCUGGACGCUGUGCGGCUUCGGAUACCUGCUUGAUCUGCUGUGGGCUCAGGCCUUCGGUCUGGUGCUGGGGCCGCUGCAGCAGGAGAUGGGUUUCGGGAAUGACGAGACGGGCAAUAUCUCGACCAGUUUCAAUGCUGGAUUGACAGCUGGAGCUUUUAUCUGGGGUUUUCUGGCAGAUAUUAUUGGUCGUCGCUGGGCAUUUAACUUGACGUGUCUUUUUUCGUCCGUCUUUGGACUUUGUCUAGGUGCAUCCAAUAAUUACAACACCUUUCUCAUCCUGACUGCGUUUGUUGGGUUUGGUGUUGGUGGAAAUAUUCCCAUCGAUACAACCAUCACUCUUGAGUUUAUUCCCCAGAACAAACGCUUCCUCUUGGCCUGUCUCUCCGUCUUCCAACCAAUUGGAGUCGUCAUCUGCAGCGCCAUCGCCUUCGGCUUCAUCCCAGUAUACGCCUGCUCACCCAACUUCUCCGAACCAGAUGCACUACAGUCGUGCAAACUUCCCAACGCCGGCGCAAACUGCUGUAGCCGUGGCGACAACAUGGGAUGGCGAUACCUCCUUUUCACCAUCGGCGCAAUCACCCUACUUGUCUUUGUUCUUCGGUUUUUCGUGUUCGACUUCCACGAGACCCCAAAGUUUCUUGUUUACCGUGGUAAAGACGCCGGGGCCAUCGACACCCUUCAGCACAUGGCCAAGGUGAACAAGAAGCAGUGCGGACUCACCUUGGAGCUUUUUGAAUCCCUCCAGUCGGAUGACAGCUCUGUUGGUAGCGGCAAUAGCUCUACUCCGGUUUUGGGAGCUGGAAGUAAGCAACUCAACAUGCCGCGGUCUCAGAAGCUCAAGCUUGAGAUGUCUCGGUACAAGAUGCUGUUUUCUAGUGCCAAGAUGACACGGCUCACAAUUCUGGUUUGGCUGACGUACAUCAUGGACUACUGGGGUUUUACUGUCGCUGGCUUUUACUUGCCAAAGAUUCUUGCAGAAAAGAAUGGUGCUGAAAACGUCAGCCUCACAUCUACCUACGCUGCUUACAUUUACACUUACGCACCCGGCAUUGUCGGAGUCCUCCUCGGCGCAAUGAUGUAUCGCGUUCCAGCCUUUGGUCGAAAGUGGACCAUGGUGAUUUCAUCAGCACUUAUGGGCAUCUCCAUUAUUCUUUUCUCGACAGUCGACACGCGUGCCAAGAAUGAGGGACUAUUCACUAUGGAGUACUUCUUCCAGUCCAUGUUCAACGCUGUUCUGUAUGGCUGGACCCCUGAGGCGUUCCCAGCUCCUAUUCGUGGCACCGCCUGUGGAGUUGCAGGAUUCUGGGGUCGAUUGUUUGGUAUCGUCAGUCCUUUGAUUGCUCAACAUCUUUACGGUGACGGCAAGGGGCAGGGGGGUAUGAACAGUGUUCUUUACUUGGCUGGCGGCGUCAUGUUGGGUUGUGUGGUUACUACUGCUCUCUUGCCCAAUGAUAUGAUGGAGAGCAAGGAUGAACGGUCAUGA